GUUCACGUUGCAGCCGGAAUCUCCUACGAUCGAAAAGGGCCCUUCCAUUUCUACUCCGACCCAGUCAAACCAGCUGCCAAAAGAGCGUAUAAACCUCGGAGACCUCGGAAAUCAAGUGUCGAGACCCCGGAACAAUUCGCUGCCGUACAAGACGCAUGGGAAGCCGCUGAAAAGGGCAGUCUUGAGGCCGAUAUCAAGAUCAAAGGAAACUCGAUGACGCUAAAGUAUUAUACCCAAAACUUCCUCCCAAAGCAUAUUGAUCAUAUCAAGGCGCUCGAGGCGCAAUAUAAGCAUGUCUUUUACCUACAAGAAGACGGUGAUCCGUCCCAUGGGACGCGGAGCUGGAAUAAUCUAGCAGCGCAUGCAAAACGCGCGGUAGGUAUCUCAAUCCCACCCCAUCCUGCGCAGUCACCAGAUCUCAACCCUAUUGAGGCAAUUUGGCAGAUUAUAAAGGAACGCCUACGAGGUGGGAACUGGCAAACAGUAGAGGAGUUCAAAGAGGCGAUUCGACGCGAGUGGAGGCGUAUUACGCAGCAGCAAAUUCGCUCAAGGAUAUCUGAGAUGCGCUGGCGGUGUGAGGAGGUCGUCCGGCUAGAGGGAAACCGUAUUCGCAGCUCGUGGGGGUAGUAAUCAAAAGAUAGAGGCGUACGGAGAUGCGUCAAUAAAGUUUUGGCACGCUCCAUUUCAAAGUUCUUGAUCGCCAAGAUAGUGGCUUGAUUAUAUAAGCGGUUUCGAGAGCCCUAUAGGCCUAUACCACAGGCACUAGACUGCCUAUCAACUAGGCACUUAAUCUAGGUUUCACAGAGCCUAAUUCGAACCAAGGGCGCCGGACAUUCGAUUUACCGCGUCUAGUACCCGCCCGUUGGCUAGGCACCCUACCGCCCAUGAUAUCGGCUUUCCAAGGGCUUAUAUAAUCAAGCCACUUUCUUGGCGAGCAAGAACUUUUGAAUGGACUUCCGUACUUGGUGUGCCAAAACUUUAUUGACGCAGCUCCGUAGAAAUCCAGCAAUCU